AUGCAGACCCCAGUUCGGUCGGUGCGGCGUCUGCCCCUAGCGGGAGACACCGCUCUGGCAAGGGCAAGGGGGGCAAGGGCGCGGGUGGAAGCUAGCAAGGGUGGUGGAGGUGGCGGUGGAGGCGGCGGAGGGAGUGGGGGUGGCGGUGGGAGUGGUGGCGGGGGUGGCGGUUUUGGUGGCAGCAGUGGCGGCGGAGGCGGCGGAGGCGGUAGCGGUGGGAGCGGAGGUGGCGGUGGUGGCGGGGGUGGCGGCGGCGGUGGUGGAGGAGGUGGAGCUGGCCGGGGUGGUGCUUCGCAGCGGAGCGGCUCCGGUGGUGGUCAGCGCCAGCAGCAGCAGCAGCAGCAGCGUUCUCGGGACAUCCCCCCUCCUCAGCAGCUCCGUGAGUGGUACACGCAGCGUCAGCGUGGUGGGGGUUUUGGUCCGUGCACCUACGCCCUUCGCUCCGGCGACCCGCGCGGGUGA